UUGAUUUGUCUGAUCAACAAACGGGACUGAGAGGACACAUAAUUUAGGGACAGUGGAUAAACCUAUUUUGUUAAUUUGACAUCAAAUAUACAACUCUUCAAUUAGUCCGGCCUAAGACACACACUUGUCCUUCUUGUACAUGGCAUCUUGCAUUCACUCAUCAUUUAGAUUCCGCCGCCAUUUUUAAAAGCUUCAACUCCUUCGUUCGUUGAGUCAUUGGAUCCUCGGAAUUACACCCAAAUCAUGCCAGUCAUCGUCUUCUUAACUCUCUUUUUCCUCGCCUGUCUUCCUCUUCUUGUGCUCAGGAAGAAGACGAGGAGGCCUCCCCACGAGAAGCCUCUUCCUCCGGGCUCGCUCGGCUUCCCUCUCGUCGGCCAGAGCUUCGGCCUCCUCCGAGCAAUGAGAAGCAACACCGGCGAGCAAUGGCUGAGACGAAGAAGCAACAAGUACGGGCCGAUCUCCAAGCUCUCCCUCUUCGGCAGGAACACCGUCUUCCUCGCCGGCCCUGGAGCCCACAAGUUCGUCUUCACGAGCGACGCCCUGGCGCUGCAGCAGCCCAAAUCGGCCACGGCGAUCAUCGGAAGCAGGAGCCUGCUGGAGAUGAUCGGCGAAGAGCACAGGCGCGUCAGGGGAGCACUCAUGCAGUUCCUCAAGCCCGAAGUGCUGAGGAGGUACGUGGGCAUGAUCGACCACGAAGUCCAGCGUCACUUGCAGAUGAACUGGCUUGGCAAGACCAACAUCAACGUGCAUCCAUUGACCAAGGGUCUCACAUUCGACCUCAUAUGCUCGCUGGUCCUUGGGCUCGAGAGAGGAAAAAUCCGAGAAGCUCUCGUCCAGGACUUCGCCGAGAUGUUGAGCGGGGUGUGGGCGGUGCCGAUCGAUCUACCCUUCACCAAAUUCGGCAAAAGCUUGAGAGCCAGGCGAAGAGCUGCACAAUUGAUCUCCGGCAUCGUCCGUCAAAAGAAGACCCUGCUAGAGCAGAGAAAGUGUUCCCCUGAUCAAGAUCUCAUCACUUGUUUGCUCGGUCUAGGAGGCGAUGGAAAUUCAGAGCCCUUGACGGAGGAGGAGAUCGUCGACAACACGGUCCUCAUCAUGUUUGCCGGCCACGAUACCUCGUCCACUCUCUUGACCUUCAUCAUCCGUCAUCUUGCCAACGAUCCAACCAACUAUGACCUUGUUCUUCGCGAGAACGAAGAUAUAGCGAAGGCCAAAGCUCCGAGCGAAGCUUUGACAUGGGAUGACGUUAACAAGAUGAAACACACAUGGCGAUUGGCGAUGGAGGUGCUAAGGACGAUUCCUCCUGUCUUUGGGAACUUCAGAAGGGCCCUGAAAGAUAUUGAAUAUGAAGGUUACAUCAUACCCAAAGGAUGGCAGGUACUUUGGGCAUCCAGCACCACACAAAUGGAUGAGAAUAUCUUCAAGUCUCCGGAAAACUUUGAUCCUUCGCGGUUCGAGAAUCCAUCGUGCAUUCCUCCGUACUCCUUUGUGGCAUUUGGGGGAGGAACAAGGAUAUGCCCCGGGAAUGAGUUUGCAAGGAUAGAAACCCUGGUUAUGAUGCAUUAUGUGGUCACAAGAUUCAAGUGGAGAUUGAGCUGCAAAGACAAUGGUUUUGCGAGGAUUCCCCUACCGACGCCUACCGAUGGACUUCCAAUUGAUCUCGAGCCUAAGAAUUGA